GUUUCUACUGGUCUUAUUCUGUCUGAUGUCUAUUUUUAGGAGAAAGAGACCUGCGGCAUGUCAAAAAACCACAAGCCGUGUCCACUAGCCUUCGGUCAGGUAGUGAUUGGGCCUCCGGGCUCCGGAAAAACCACCUAUUGUCUUGGCAUGCAGGAAUUCCUGUCUGCCAUUGGGCGCAAGGUGGCUGUGGUGAACCUGGACCCAGCAAAUGAAGGAAUUCCAUACCCAUGUGCUGUGGAUGUCUCUGAACUGAUCACCUUGGCUGAUGUGAUGGAGAAUUUGAAACUUGGCCCCAAUGGUGGCUUAAUCUACUGCAUGGAGUACCUAGAAGCGAAUUUUGACUGGCUACAGGAGAAACUGGACCGACUGAAAGGGCAUUACUUCUUAUUUGAUUGCCCCGGACAAAUGGAACUCUGUACCCAUCACAGUUCAUUGAGAAACAUCUUUGCUCAACUUGCUAAGUGGAAUUUCAGGCUGGCUGCUGUUCAUCUGGUAGAUUCUCAUUACUGCACAGACCCUGGCAAAUUCAUCUCUGUUCUCUGCACUUCCCUCGCCACAAUGCUGCACGUAGAGUUGCCCCAUGUCAACGUCCUCUCCAAAAUGGACCUGAUUGAGCAGUAUGGGAAGUUAGCAUUUAAUCUAGAUUAUUACACAGAAGUUCUUGAUCUGUCCUACUUAGUGGACCACUUGGCUUCAGAUCCUUUCUUCAAGAACUACCAACGCCUGAACAAGAAGCUGGUAGAAGUGAUUGAAGACUACAGUUUGGUCUCUUUUGUUCCUCUCAAUGUCCAGGACAAGGAAAGCGUGCGGUCCGUGAUGCAGGCAGUGGACAAAGCCAACGGUUACUGUUUUGGGGACUUGGAACACAGAAACCUCAAUGUCUUGAUGUCUGCAGUGAUGGGAGCUGAUUUUCAUUUUACUUCCACGCUGGCAGUCCAGGAGAAGUAUGUGCAGCCAGAGGAGAAAACGGUGGAGCAGGAAACUUUGGACAUGGAACAUGCCGGCCACAGCAGUCACUGAAGACCAGCCUGCCCAAAAUGAUUUCUCAGCAAGAGCAGCAGGAGUGCUCCCUGUGGGUUAUGAUGACGCAGUAGUGAACCAACACAGGCCACCAUCAUUAGGUUCCUCCAGUUGUGGUGUAAUCAGGAGCCAGACAUUUCUGUUAAGAAAAUUGUACAGUUGGUGACCGAAGAGCAUUUGGCAAGGUGAUAUGAUUUGGCACCUGCUAGUUGUCAGAGAUGACCAUUCAGUGCUAGCAGUGUUGUUGCCGUAGAGGGUGUCUCCUCCAGAACAUGGCCUUGCUUUAUUUUGCUGAGAAGUAUUGAGAAUUCUCUGUGUUACCAUUCCACAAAUUGGUGCUUUCCAAAUGCUUUGGGGGGCCUCUUGCCAAUAAUAUGCCUUGGCCAUAAUCUCAGAGGCCGUGGUUGGGGAAGGCUGCUCUGUCCUGUCACAGAUCACCUUCUUCAGAGUUUGGUUGUUUGUACCCAACAAAGCUUUAGGUUUUGAAUUUGGAUUUGCAUUUAAAGACCUAGGUACUGGAGAGAGGAAUGCUAAAUAAAGCAGCUUUUGUACUUUC